AACCAACAAAUGUUGAUACCAAUCACCUCAACCUUGAUUUAAAUAGGUUGCCUGAAGUAUUGUGUUAGACCCUACGGUGCCCAGGGCCCGAAACAUUGCCCAGUGGGCGAUUAAUCAAAUUUCUGUAAACUAUAAAAUAGGAUAGGCUUAUUGGAGCCUAGGCUUGCUUGCACUCAAAAUACCGCAAUACAUUAUUUCCAUAAUGUUAAUGUUUGGCUCCACCUAGUGUUCAUCUAACUUAACACGAGACAUGCGAGAUGAUGGAAAUUGCUUGCACGGUCACAGAUACGAGCAGCCUACCACUCUAUUGAGGUGUUUCCCAUGCUUAGUGCUUGACAGGUGUUUGAAACACUGACUAAAUGUUAAAGAGCUAAUGCCGAUUUGUGGUAUUCAGUCACAGGUUGUCGGGUAUGGACAUGAUGGGCCUACAUCCUGUUGCUGGAUGAGACCGCAGUGUGAUAGAUAGACUGACUGUAAUUCACUUUCAUAAUCGGGAUAGGGUUUAUUUCACAAUUUAAUACAACUGUUAAGAUAUAAUCCAAAAUAAUAGGCCGUGUAAUGCAAACAAUAUCCAAAGAGGUACACCAGAUAACAAUAUUCUGACCUUCUGAUUUUAAAUGCACAUGUCUGUGGAGUUUGUUUUUAGACGUAUUUUUGACAUUUUUAGAGUAACGUUUUUUUUUCCUCAAUUGUCCUUUAAUUGGUUAAUUCUGUCCUGAAUCACAUGGAUAUGUGGGCGUACCCUAUCGGCAACCUUAUUGUAGGCUAAAUAACGGAUUGGAAAGCAGGUCUUUGGAUCUAAAAGCAAACCGGUCCACAUAUGUGGUCUAAUGAAUCUAUCGCGAAUAUCGUUAUAGGCUUAUUCAGUCGGACGUUCCAAUGUCUGUAGCAAAUGCGAAACAAACCAUCGUAAAUCCGACAAUUCCGUUCAGUGGAAAUAUAGUUGGUGGACUACAUCCAGGGGAUAUUGUACUCAUUCAAGGCACCGUACUAUGUGAUGCAGACAGGUUCCAUAUGGACCUGGCCUGUGGUAGCAGUACCAAACCACGGGCAGACAUUGCCCUCCAUUUCAAUCCACGUUUCAUGUCCCCCCCAUGUAUUGUAUGCAAUUCUCUAGUGCAAGAAUGCUGGGGCCGCGAGGAGAAAUUGGAUCAGAUGCCCUUUAAACAGGGGUCCAUGUUUGAAGCUAUCAUAUUAGUGCACGAAGACGUAUUUAAGGUAGCGGUAAAUGGCAAACAUAUGUUGGAGUACAAACACAGACUUCCGGUGGAGACAAUCAACACUUUCUCAAUAUCAGGGAGGGUCUCUGUAUGCACUAUUGCCUUCACACCAAAUUCAGCAAUUUUCUCUGAAUCAGGGGACCUGAGUAUACCCUACAGGGGGAGUAUGCUGGGGGGACUGAGUCCUGGACAGAAUAUUACAAUUACUGGCCAUGUCAGCUCAUAUCCACACAGUUUCACGGUCAAUCUGAGAAGCCGGGGAUCAGAGAACAUUGCCCUGCACCUCAAUGCUCGCAUCAAGUCGGGUCUCCUCAUCCGCAACUCGCUGCUGGGUCAGGGCUGGGGCCAUGAGGAGCUGGAGCUGUGUCGCUUUCCCUUCGCUCCUGGACAGUACUUUGAGAUAAUCAUCCUGUGCCAGUUGCACCAGUUUAAACUGGCAGUGAAUGGGGACCACCUGCUGGAUUACAGGCACCGCAUGCAGGACCUGUGCAGCAUCGACCACCUGGAGGUCAUGGGAGACCUGGAGCUGGAGGAGGUGCGGCUCUGGUGAAGUAGGAGACCUUGCCUUCACAAGGCCAAACCUGGCAGGGAUGACGUGCCGUCAGGCCUCAGAGGACCUUUAAUGUACAUCAGAGACUGUAAAUGUUUUUGUCAAAAGCUCCAGCAAUAUAGUUGGCCUGGAAUGUCAGUUCAGUGCAAGAGGUGAUUACACAACAAUUUAGUGAUGCAGCAAUGGUUUCUCUUGGUUUGUUUCAGGGUGAAAUACCACAGUACUGUUAUUACCUCCUGAACAUGUGAAUCAUGUAGUAGAGUCUGACUGUUUUGACAUGAGCCAUAACUCACACGGUGAAGAACUAUCCCAUCUUUUCUCUUCCCAAGCUUCAGGGCAUGGUUGUCAUGUAUACUGUCCUUUAGAGCAUAUGACAGUAUAUGUAGACAUACAAGAUGUGCUACAUUUACUUUAACAGAAAAAAAAAUGUUUUAUAGCUGUGCUACAAAGUCCAGUUCCUUUUUCUCAGGACAAAUAGGUUUGUCGCAUAUACACUAUGGGAAACAGGUCCUUAAUGGGUUCUUUGAAACACUUGAGACAGAGUACUUUCAAAGCAAAUGUUUUCCAAGAAAAAUAUUCUGCGCAGCUGAAAACCUGAUGCAUAGUCAUCUGGGGGAAAACAAAGAUCCCUUCAUAAGAGGGCUUGAAGUACAAAAAACAUGAGGUGCUGAAACAUUUAUCCCAAUUAAAGAACAUUUAUGAUUUCAUGACUAAGAAAUCAUGCGUGGCUAUCAGUUUGUUUACAAUUCUUUUUCAUUUUCAACGUCAGUAUGAAUCUUGUUUGUUUUUCAAACAUGGUGGUGCUCUUUCAAAUAAAUUUUUUUUUGUGAAGCCAAGCACAGCUGAUAUACUAAAAUAAAUGCUCAGUAAUACAAUACAAUUCAGAGUGCAUUCUGACUGAUCUACUGCUUUUCUGCAUGACUGUAUAAAGACUGAACCUAGUUACACAUAGAAUAUCUGUUGAUGGACUGGAAACAGUGCCGUGGAAUGCGAUCUUAAGAUACACAAGUACCUUACCUCUACACAAGUUCUUUGUUUACAAUUUGCCUGUAACAUGGAGUUGACACAAAGCCUUCCAUUCGAAGUAGACCCAGUGGGAUUCUCUGAUAAAGGUGCAACCCUCUCAGGAGGAAAAGGGAGGCAUGUGAAAGUAUGUCUUUAGUUGUACCCCACAGUGCAACUAAUCUUGUUUAUGUGAUUUCCAAUAAACAUACUUAUGCAGAAUAU